AUGAAUGGUUUCGGAGAAAGUUCGAAGCCAUGGGGCGGAGACUCCUCCACUCCAUCAGAACCAGCUUACAGUAAAGAUGGCUCCUGGAAAGAUCUGGAAACAUCGAUGAGCUCGAUAUCGUUUGGUUUAGCCGCCACCGCGAUCUUGAUCGCCAUGUUCCUCGUCAUGGCGAUAUUUGAGCAUGUGAUCAAGCCGAGGGCCUCCUUCCUUCGUCCUCGGAGCAUCGCACAGGCCUCCCGGGAGGUGGGACAGCCUCACGGCCACACCAUCGCCAUCGAGAAGCUUCAGAACUCCCACACAGCUUUGGCCGUCGACUUCCCUGUUUUGAUGCCGGGGCAGGCGUUUCCUACCUUCAUUGCUCAACCUUCGCCUCUUCCGUGCCAAAGGGAGGGCAUGCAGUGGCCUUCCCACGAUGCCGGUUUGCAUCGCUCAACCUUCCUAUAAAGGGAAAGAUGUUCAAGUGUUCGGUUCUUUGCCGCAAUGUGCAUAUUUCCAGUUUGAGCUGCUUCUUGUAGCGUACGAGUGUCGAGUUGGCACAGUUCGAUUCUGAUUUGAUGCUUGUUCAGUGUGAAGUUGGACUA